CUCCGAAGCGGGCUGGGCCGGCGCCCGCGUUCCUCCGCAACGCGCGGCUGCAAGAGCCGCCACCAUGGAGGCGCGGGCGGGUGCCGGGCCUCGGCGGGCUGGUGGCGUGCUCGGUGCGGCCGGGCCCUCGUCCGCGAACCGCGCAACGCGGACCCCGGCGGCGCCCUGGGCGCGCUUCUCCGCCUGGCUGGAGUGCGUGUGCGUGGUCACCUUCGACCUGGAGCUGGGCCAGGCGCUGGAGCUGGUGUACCCCAGUGACUUCCAGCUCACAGACAAGGAGAAAAGCAGCAUCUGCUACCUGUCAUUUCCUGACUCCCACUCAGGCUGCCUUGGGGACACUCAGUUCAGCUUCCGGAUGCGCCAGUGUGGAGGGCAGAGGAGCCCCUGGCAUGCAGACGACAGACCCUACAAUGGUGGGGCCCCCGUGGCACUGCAGAGGGAGCCAGCACACUACCUUGGCUACGUGUACUUCAGGCAGGUGAAGGACAGCUCUGUGAGGAGGGGCUACUUCCAGAAGUCUUUGGUACUGGUGUCCCGCCUGCCUUUUGUCCGGCUGUUCCAGUCGCUGCUGAGCCUAAUUGCCCCUGAAUAUUUUGACAAAUUGGCACCCUGCCUGGAAGCAGUUUGUAAUGAGAUUGACCAAUGGCCAGCCCCCGUGCCUGGGCAGACCCUGAACCUACCUGUCAUGGGAGUCGUCAUCCAGGUGCACAUCCCAUCCCGGGUGGACAAGCUGGAGUCCAAGCCUCCAAAGCCGUGUGACCAAGAGAACCUGCUGCCCGCCCCAGUGGUCCUUUCCAGUGUCCAUGAAUUAGACCUGUUCAGGUGCUUUCAGCCCGUGCUGACCCAUGUGCAGAUGCUGUGGGAGCUCAUGCUUCUUGGGGAGCCCCUGGUGGUCCUGGCACCUUCACCUGACGUGUCCUCAGAGAUGGUGCUGGCCCUGACCAGCUGCCUGCAGCCCCUCAAGUUCUGCUGUGACUUCCGCCCCUACUUCACCAUCCAUGACAGUGAGUUCAAGGAGCUCACCACACGCACCCAGGCCCCACCAAACGUGGUCCUGGGAGUCACAAACCCUUUCUUUAUCAAAACACUCCAGCACUGGCCCCAUGUACUUCGAAUCGGGGAACCCAAGAUGUCAGGGGACCUUCCUAAGCAGGUCAAGCUGAAGAAGCCCUCCAGACUGAAGACUGUUGACACUAAGCCAGGCCUCUACACCUCCUACACAGCCCACCUGCACCGGGACAAGGCGCUGCUCAAACGGCUGCUCAAGGGUGUGCAGAAGAAGCGGCCCUGGGACAUGCAGAGUGCCCUGCUGAGGCGGCACCUCCUGGAGCUCACACAGAGCUUCAUCAUCCCCCUGGAGCAUUACAUGGCCAGCCUCAUGCCACUGCAGAAGAGCAUCACACCCUGGAAGACCCCUCCCCAGAUCCGCCCCUUCCAUCAGGAGGAUUUCCUGCAGAGCCUGGAGCAUGCAGGACCCCAGCUCACCUGCAUUCUCAAGGGCGACUGGCUGGGCCUCUACAGGCGAUUUUUUAAGUCACCCCAUUUUGACGGCUGGUACCGGCAGCGGCACAAAGAGAUGGCCCAGAGAUUGGAAGCGCUGCACCUGGAGGCGAUUUGUGAGGCGAACAUCGAGACCUGGAUGCAGGACAAGUCGGAGGUAGAAGUGGUAGACCUGGUGCUGAAACUUCGGGAGAAGCUGGUGCGGGCACAAAGCCACCAGCUGCCAGUGAAGGAGGUGACGUUGCAGCGGGCACAACUGUACAUUGAGACGGUCAUGGGCUCCCUGCCCAAGGAUCUGCAGGCUGUCCUGUGCCCUCCCUAGGGUGGGGCAAGGUGUGCAGUCCCUGGAACCUGUCUGCCAAGCCCCUCCACCCUGGGGUGACCUUCAGCCAAGCCUGAGCUCCCAGCCUUUGCCCCCUUCCCAGGCUGUGGCCCCUCGACUUUCACCACCUUUGUCCCAGCAGUAAACGUGACAUUUGGAACCACA